UCAGAGGGCAAAUUCAGUUUAAGACUUUGUGUUGCGUAAAGAAUUUGCAUUGCUCAGCGAUGCCGGGCGAAAUGAAAUUCUUGGGUGUGUUUUUGGUAGUUUUUGCACUUCUGGCGGUGGAAAUUCGUGCAAAUGGCGAUACGAUUCAAAAUCAUGAGGAAAUAGAUUGUUUGGUUUACAACAAUUGCACUUCCACUGCAACUCCUUCAGAUGAAACCACCUUGGAAAUCACCUCUACGCCACUGAUAAGCACCACAGAUUCUCCAAAUCCUCCUGGAUCUGAGUCAAAGCCUGCAUUGUGCGAGUUCUCGUUAAACAAGUACGGCGCCUGCUUCUUCUGCUGCAAGGAGAAGAACAAGCCUGGUCGGAGUUGCUGCAGGACCAACAGCUUCUUCUGCAUGCGCAUGUUCGGAAUGGAUGAGAAUGCUGGCUGGAACCAUGGCUGGGAAUACAGCUGGAACCACGGCUGGAUCUAUGAAGACGACUAUUCUCACUGAUAAACUGCUGCUGCGCGCACUUUCACCGCCCGGACCUGUUGCUGUUUGGAUUACUCAUCAUCAUUGCCGUCUAUCCAAAUAUUUCUCGCGAUUCUCCCCAACUUCGCUGGCGUGAACUUUUUCAUCACAACUCCGCGGCGUGAGCGAGUGAUGGACGAUUGUGCAGACGGAUGGAGGAAUAUAUUCCCGAAUGAUCAAUGCAAGGUGUAUUAUUUCAUUGAGCGUCAAUAUUUACACAUGUGUGAGCGUGCUCUACGAGGCAUAAAAGAUACUGUGUAUGUAAUUUAAAGGUGUCUGAAACAGGUUUUCUUGAGUACUACUCGCCGUCUCUUCCCCCACGGUUCAUGGUCGAUCUCUGGGCA